AUGCCGGGACGAGCGGCAACGCCUGCAGACGCUGCCGCAUCGUGUUCCUUCGGCGGUUGGCUCGAAUUUGUGUGGGUGCGCUUUGACGAGUCGUUCGAGGCCGUGCUGCCGCUCGUGCGCCAAUCGCCAGUCACAUUCUACCAGGUAGUCGACUCUGGCAGGGCCCAUCCCUCGUACAGGACACCGGCUGCGGUACGCAACAUCACUUGUGGCGCGUGUUGCCGACGUCGAUUCGUGCCCAAUCGCGGUCGCGAGACACCGGCGUACUUGCACUACAUGGCGGAGCGCUACGACACACUACCACAGUGGGUGGCCUUUGUCCACGGUGCACCGCACGGCACAAGGCACACGCUGCAUCGCGUGGCAGCGUGCCUCUGGCGUGAGGCGCCUCCAGAGUGGAAUGCUGCAGAAACUGUCCCCGAUUAUGUGCCGAUCGUGCCGACGACAUACGUUGCACACCGUGAUAUCCACUACCGGGACUGGGAGCCAGGCUACGCGGAGCUUUGGCGUCGGUGGCGUUCAAGCUUCCGGCCAGCCAGCGCCGCGCUCGCGCGCGACGCGAUCGACGACCCGACGCCACAUCUGCCACGCCAGCACACGGGUGUGCGUAACGUCUCCUUCGAGUGCUGUGCGCAAUUUCUCGCUUCCCGGCGCGCGCUGCGGCGCAACCCGCGGCAAGUGUACGAAGUUGGGCUCGAGGUGGCCCUCACCUUCGAUGGUGCCAACCCAAUCAAGGCAUCUGUGCUCGACAAGGCCUCCAACUUCGGGCUCAAUUGGGCGGGUUCGGCGUUCGAGCACAUAUGGCAUGUCCUCCUCGGGCAACCGGUGCACAUCGAGAAGCACUGCAACCCGUGCGCCAGAGCGCACCUAGCGGACCGCGUCAUCGGCUUUUUCACCUUCUUUGAGCAGGCGCCGCGCGAGCGACCUACCCGGGUAAGCCCAAUGGCGGCCUGCGCGGAGUGCGGUGUCCAAUCUCUCUCGCUGGCAGUCGACCUUGCGAACCCUUCGGUGUCCUACUGCAACGGCUGCUGGGAGGCAUACGAGGAGGAGGCGGACCGGAAGCGGCUCAUCUCCACUGCCACAAAGAUCCUGAAGCGGCGCCAGGCUGACGUCGCUGAAACUCCGCGUGCCGUCAGCAAGAAGCCCGCGCCGGGCGCCGCCGUGCCGCCGCUUCCCGCCGCGCCACCUCCCACGGCGCCGCCCCGCCCCAUUGUCGGCGGCGCGGCCAUCGACAUCCAGGCCGCCGCCGUGGACGCAGAGGUUUUACUCCGCGGAAAACGCGGCGAGGUCCUCGCCGUCGUUUUUCGCAACUUUGACGGCGCGCAUGGCCGGCACGUCGUCAAGAGCGCCGACAUUCGACCGGGCGAGUCCAACAUCCGCCCAGGGACGGCCAAGGCGAUGGCCGAGCCGGGCCGCACCUCGUCGCUGACAAAGGGCAACUCCAUCUCGAACGACAACUUCGAGGUGCUCUUCAACUCCUCCCAGCCGCGCAGCCUCGACGCCCUUCGCGCCGUCCGGGCGGCGGUGUGGGCGGUGGAGGAGUCCGAGGGGCAGCAGCAGUCUCGCAUCUUUGCGGCGGCGGAGGAGGGGCUGGACUGCUCGCUGCGCGUGCACGACUUCCCGCUCAAGCAGGAGGGCGCCGCGCCGUCGAAACUCGCCCGCAUGUUCUACGGCCUCAGCAGCGACCAGUUCAACUGGUGCCGGGUGCUCGACCGAAAGGAGGGUGGGCGGAUGCACGGCCACGUCGACGAGGAUGGGACUGAUGGCGUCGUGCUGCUCAACCUCGGCGAGUGCGACAUGUUCUUCGACCAGCCGGGUCGCUGCAAGGCGCGGCAGACGCGCGAGACGUGGUGCGUCGGCGGCGGCGGCGGCGGCGAAGGGCAUUGGGUCGUCUGGGACGAUGCGCCUCACAAAGGGAAGGAGUCGCGCUACAGGACAGAAGAGCACUACACGCACCUGCUACGCGAUCGGCUCUGCGCGGCGUGCGCGCGCGGCGGGCAGGGGCGCGAGUGCCGCUCCUGCGAGCGCGUCCGGCUGCGCAGCGGCGACGUCGUCGCCUUCUCCGGCUGCGCGGCGUUCCACGGGGUGCGCGCAGUCUACCGCGAGCAGCCGCCGCCGCCGACCGCCCGCGGGUCGCUGCCGGAUUGGAUGGAGUCGCGCCUCGGCCUCGGGCACCGCGUCUCGGUGCAGUGGCGGCUGACGGACCGCAAACGCGCGGAGGCGAAGCGGUUGAACGAGUCGCGGGCCUUCGCGGCGAGUGGAGGAGAGGGCGGCCCGUCGGCGGCGCCACCGCCCGCAGCGACGUUUCGCGUCGACCCGGCUGUGGUGGAUUCGCUCUCUGCGAUGGGGUUCCCGCGGGAGGACGCGCUCGCUGCCCUGGCCGCAGCCUUCGGCGACGCAGCUCGCGCGGUCGACUACCUCGUCGACCCCUCCUCGGUGCCCGCGAGCCGUGCGCAAGGCGGGCGGGAGGGGGAGGCCUCCCGGGGGGCUCGCACCAUGGCGGAGCGCAUCCGCAGCAUGGCGGGAGGGCGCAUCGUCUGGGACGACACCGAGCCGCUGCACCGCUGGAUCGAGGCUGUCAAGCCGUCGCUCGUCCCGGCUGCACAGGUGGCGUGGGUGCAGGUACACAGCCGCGCGGCUGGCACGCCCGGCUCCUCGGGCGGCGGCGACUUCUCGGAGGCGCCGUACCAGCCGGCCCUCCAGCAGAUCAGCGACAUCAUCGACCGCGGCGCCAACGUCCCGGCGGCAGCCAAGAGGGAGUGUGUCGAGCGCCUGCUGGACACUGCGCGGCGGCAGGGCUACACCACCGGAAAGUGGAUGGUGUUUCUCGAGCCGGGCGUUGCCGACGCGGCGUGGGCGGCGAUCGCGCGCGCCACGGCCACGGGCGAGCUCGGCUGCAGCGCCAAGGUCGCGCCGACCGGUGCAGGUCCGGACGAGCUCGUGCGCGAGGCUGUCGUCUGCUGCGUCUACGUGAGGGACUUCGACGAGCGCGCGGAGCUGCAGCGCGUGCUGCGCGCGCUGAUGGCGCUGAUGGCGCCGCUCCAGGUGCCGGUGACAGCCGGCUUCAAGCCCGACGCCUUCACGAUGCUCGGCAUCGAUGGAAAGCAAAACAGGUGGCGCCUGCCGCCGACGGUGCACUCGGUGGCGGAGGCGCUCGCGUGGGACGUGGCGCCCGCGCCGCCCGCGCCGGGCACGCAGCAGGACCCGAUCGAGCUCGAUGGCUGA